AUGGGCCAACCGCCGGGGCCGUGGACGUUGCCGGUGAUCGGCAGUCUGCACCACAUCGCCGGGCAGCUCCCGCACCGGGCCUUGCGUGACAUAGCGCGGCGCUACGGGUGGCCCGUCAUGCUGCUCCACCUCGGCGAGGUGCCCACGCUCGUCGUCUCCUCCCGCUCCGGUGCGCGCGAAGUGAUGAAGACCCACGACGCUGCGUUCGCCUCACGGCCCCUGAGCUCCACCGUGCGCGUGCUCACAAACGGCGGGCGGGACAUCAUCUUCGCCCCCUAUGGCGACCACUGGCGAAUGAUGCGCCGGAUCGCCGUGACCGAGCUCCUCACGGCCCGCCGAGUCCUCUCCUUCCGUGCUAUCCGGGAGCAGGAGGUCGCCGCCAUGCUCCGCGCCAUCGCUGCCGGCGGGGAAGAGGUCGACAUGCGCGCGCGGCUGUCGGCAAUGCUGGCGGACAGCACGGUGCGCGCCGUGAUGGGGGACCGCUGCAGGGACCGGGACGUGUUCCUCCGAGAGGUCGACCGCGCUAACGAGCUUGGCAGGGGGUUCAACCUGGCCGACUUGUGGCCGUCGUCGCGGCUCCUCGUUUGGGCCAGCGGCGCCGUUCGCCGCGCCGAGGAGUGCCGUGACACUGUGUUCGUGAUCCUCGACGGCAUCAUCGCCGAGCACUUGGAGAGGAUGGACGGUGUUGGAGACGACGAUCAGGACCUCAUCGAUGUUCUCCUGAGGAUACAGAAGGACGGCGGCGGCGACCUCGACAUCGACUCUAUUAAAGCCGUCAUCUUCGACAUCUUUGCCGCGGGCAGCGAGACAUCAUCCACAACACUUGAGUGGAUCAUGGCGGAGCUGGUGAAGAACCCGAAGGUGAUGCAUCGGGUCACAACGGAGGUUCGCCAAGCUUUCGAGGCGGGCGGCACGGUGGUCGAGGAGCAGCUCGCCAACCUCGUCCCGUACCUGCAGCUCGUGAUCCGGGAGACGCUCCGACUGCACACGCCGCUGCCGCUGCUGCUCCCCCGAGAGUGCCGGGAAGAGGCAGGUUGUCGUGUGCUCGGAUACGACGUGCCGCAGGGCACACAGGUGCUGGUGAACGCCUGGGCGCUCAGCCGCGACGAGCGGUACUGGCCCGAUGCGCCGGAGGAGUUCCGACCGGAGCGAUUCGAGAAGUCGGAGGUGGAUUUCAGGGGAGCGGACUUCGAGCUCCUGCCGUUCGGUUCUGGGAGGAGAAUUUGCCCUGGCUUGGCGUUUGGACUCGCCAACGUGGAGCUCGCCCUUGCUAGUCUGCUGCUGCACUUCGACUGGGAGGCGCCGGGGCUGGAUGAUCCUGCAGGGUUUGACAUGACGGAGGCCUUCGGCGUCACUACAAGGCGGAAGAAUGGACUCGUGUUGCGCCCUGUCCUCCGCGUGCCAUUGCCAGGUGUCUAG